AAAAAAAAUUGCUUUGUUUUCUUGCUUCAAAACUGUUAAUUUCUAUCUCUAUUUGCUCUAGUUGUUAUAAAUUUUACCUUAAUUUUUUCAUCCUGUAUCAAUGCAUUGUAUGUGUUUGAUAAAUAGUCUCAAAGAAGAAAAUAAUUUUCUUAUUGAUAUGUUUAUGAUGACUGUUCUAUUAUUAUUGACAUGUUUAUUUUUUUUUUCUCUCCUGUUGUUCUGUUUUGAGCAAUGAGUGUAUUGUUUUUGUUUAAAGUUACUUGGUGUGAGUUUAAAGUAAUUGAACUUGAAUUUUUUUUGGUAAGUAAUUGAACUUGAAUGAAAUAAUGUAAGAAAAGCAACUUACAACUUCAACCCAUUGUUGCAUUACUAAUUUUUAUGCAUUUUUAUUCUUAGAUAAACCUUUUUCAACAUUUACAAAAAAGAGUUACAUUUAGCACAAAGUAACAGAACUUCUUCUAGUAUUUUUUUUUUCUGUUAUCAUUUUCAUAUGCACAGAACAAGGAUAUUGGUGUCAGUUUGAUCAAGUUCCUUAUGUAUAGUUUGUUUCAUUUUUUUAUCAUACUUUUGUGUAUAUAGUAUUAUGGACUCAUUUAAGAGGAAAGUUUAUGCUAACCCCCCAUCAACUAACAAUGAGGGUCAAAGUUCCAAAGCCAGUUGGAGGGAUAUUAAAGCCACUGAGUACUUUGUGAAGGCAUGUUUGGAUCAAGUUACCAAACGUCAACGAAAUGGUACUUGUUUUACCAAGAAAGGAUGGCAAGGUAAUGUUUCCCAAUUUGAUGAACAAAGUGGACUGAAUUAUGAUAAUGUACAAUUGAAGAAUAGGUAUGAUAGCUUGAGAAAGGAAUGGAAAGUAUGGUAUAACUUGUUUGGAAAAGUUACCGGAUUAGGAUGGAAUUUUGAGAAGAACACCGUUGAUGCAUCCGAUGAGUGGUGGGAGAAGAAAGAAUUGGUUAUGAAUAUGCAGGAAAAUCCUCAAUAUGCAAAGUUUAGAGACAAGGGACUUCCAUUUGCUCACCAACUAACCACACUUUUCAAGGAUGUAGUGGCUAAUGGAGAGCAUGCUUGGGCACCAUCAAGUGGUGUAUUACCUAAUGAGAACUUGGGUAAUGAUGAUAUUAAUGUUGGCUUGGAUGAUGCAGAAGGUUCGGGUGAUAGUGAAGAUGCAAGCAUUGGAGCAGCAACUGGUUUUGGAAAUAUUAACUUGAAUACAUCACAAGGAGCUGUUAGUCAAAGUAGUGGACAAAAGAGAAAGAGAGUUAUUGGGGCUGAACAGAAAGGAAAGAAAAAAGCCAUCCUUCAACGUCAAUAGCUGAGGCUGUUAAUGUGAUUGCGGAGACUUGCAAGUCGCGAAAUGAGGCUAUAAGUAAUGCAUCUAUUGGUGAGGUGAUGGCUGAGAUUCAAACCAUAGAGGCAGUUACUUCUGAUUUAGAGUUUCAUACAAUGUGUUGUAACCUAAUGAUGUUUAAGCCAGCUAGGGAGAUGUUUGUAUCACUGCUGGGUUUUGAGGAAAGAAGGUUGAUUUGGCUCAAAUUUGCAUCAUUCAACCCUACUCUAUUCAUGAGGCCGUGAUUUGGAAAAAAAUUGGCUCAAGAAUUGGCUUAUGAUGUGUCUUGGACUUAGCUUAUGCUUUUGGACUUAGUUUAUGUAUUUGGUUUCUUAGUUUAUGUAUUUGGUUGCUUAGUUUGUGUUUAGAUCUUUAUUAUGUCGCACUAUGUGUUAGGAUUUCCCUUUAUAAAUUCCGUAUUAAGAACUCAAGUAGUAUGGUGAUAUAAAACCUAUCUAUUAUGCCUUGUGAAUUUGAAUGAAGUGAAUUUGUUA